UGCUUCUGUCGCAAUCUUAACUAACUAACUUCCAUAUUCAUAUUCCCUCUCUUUCUUUCCUUGAUUUCUCUGUUUCUCUUCCAAACAACCAAAAAAUCUAAUUAUCAAUCAAAUUUAUCAUUUUAAUGGGAAAAGCCAAGUCUUUCAAAAACAGUUACACAUUCGAUGAACGUCUCCAAGAAUCCAAAACCAUCAUUGCCAAAUACCCAGACCGAAUCCCUGUGAUUAUAGAAAGAUAUUCAAAGACUGACCUUCCUGAAAUGGAUAAAACAAAAUACUUAGUUCCUCGUGCUACGUCCAUUGGGCAGUUCAUCCACAUCUUAAGCAGUAGGCUACAUUUAGCUCCUGGAAAAGCUUUAUUUGUAUUUGUGAACAACACAUUGCCUCCAACAGCAAGUCUUAUGGAUAAGGUGUAUGAGUCCUACAAGGAUGACGACGGGUUCCUGUACAUGUUUUACAGCAGCGAGAAGACGUUUGGAUAAACCAUCACAGUUUAUGGUAAUUGUUUGUUGUCUCUUUAAGAAGUUGUGAAUAAUUUCAUGUAUGAUACGCCAGCUGAGUUGGCUCAACAUACUGUGUAAAUAAAUUGCAUUCAAAGAAUCUUUUGUAAAUCAUGUAAAUCACUCUCUGUGCAUAAAUGGAUGCAAGACAUUUUCAUGGGUCCUUUUA